AUGGCAGCAAAGGGACUCCAGAAGGGAAAGAAAGUCUGGCGCAGCAAAGGUGCUGGCUUGCUGGCCCAGCUGAAGUCGACGGAGCCUUCCUCGAUCCCGCGGCUCAUCGGCGAGCCCCUCUCCACGGAUGAGUACUUGCUGGCGCAGAUGGCGCAGCGUCAGGACGCCAUGGAUUGGGCAGAUGCAGCGAACUGCGAGACCUUCGGGGAGGAGGUUGUCAUCCGGCGCCCUUGCUUGCCAUGUCUUGCGCAAAUGUGGCGCUGA